GCCCCUUUUUCAUUCCUUUUUCAUUUAUGAAACCCCAAAGCUAAGCUUCCCCACCCCACCCAAAGUGAAAUCCUUUUCCAGCUUCUAUUGUCAAAUUUCAUGAGGCCUUUUCAAAUCUUCUUUUAUAUGGAAAGAAAAAGUUCAAAAUAGGAAUAAAUCAGUCUUUCAUUCUCUCUGAUUCACUCCAUAUUUCAUUGCAGAUACUCCGUAUAAUUCUAUAAUAUAAAAGGAUGUUAUGAGAAUUUUGGAGCUUCUCGUCAUAAUUGUUAUUAUCGCAGAAAGAUGCUUAGGUGUCUGGGCUUUCUUCUCUCUGUUGGGUUCUUUAAACAUCCAUGAUUCCAUGUCAAAGUGUGAAUUUCUUGAUGAAUCUUGAGAAAAUGGCACCGAUAGCAUGUGGAAAGAGCUUUUGAUGGGUUGGUGGGAAAAUCCCCUUUUGAGAAACUGUAAUUUGGCGCCUAAUUCUCAGAUGGGGUUUGGAAUUCUUUGUUCAUUUCUGGUUUUUGCUGUGUGCUUCGCCCCAGUGAUUUCCCAGGAACCAAACACUGAUGGGUUCUUUGUCCAUAAAUUCAUGGAAAAUAUGGGGUUAAAAUUUAAUUCCUCCAAAGUGCACACCUUUUCUGGUAAUUUUUGUUCUUGGAAAGGGGUGUUCUGUGAUUCUAAAGAGCAAAGGGUUGUCAAGUUAAUAUUUUCUGGGUUUGGUCUAUCUGGUGUGGUUUCUGAGAACACCAUAGGAAAGCUCACAGGGCUUGAAAUGUUGGAUUUAAGUGACAAUAACCUUACUGGUUUACCUUCUGACUUCUGGAGUUUGGGUUCUUUGAAGUCCCUUAACCUUUCUUCCAACAGAUUCUCCGGGCCUCUCCCAAAUAACAUUGGAAACUUUGCCAAUCUUGAAAGAUUGGAUCUCUCUUGCAACAGAUUCUCCGGGCCUCUCUCAAAUAACAUUGGGAACUUGGCUAAUCUUGAAAUAUUAAAUCUUUCUUGCAACAAUUUCUCCGGUGGCAUACCGGAGGCCACAAGUUCUCUCACAAGUUUGAAGUUUCUUGAUCUGAGCAGAAAUGGGUUUGAUUCAAAGAUCCCUUGUGGGAUUUUGAAUUUCCACUUGCUGGUUUCGCUUGAUCUCUCUGGAAACAAACUUAAUGGUUCUCUAUGUGAUGGUUUUGGUUCUGCAUUUCCCAAUCUCCAGUUCUUGAGUCUCGCGGAGAAUAGGAUUCUUGGGAAGGGGUCUGAUAUAUCUGGGAUGACAUCACUCUUGUUCCUAAAUGUUUCUGGGAAUCUGUUCAAGGGUUCUGUUGUUGGCAUUUUCGGCGAUUCUCUGAAGGUGAUUGAUCUGAGCAGAAACCAGUUUCAAGGCCAUAUUUCUCAGGUAAACUUCACUUGGUCUAAUUUGGUUUAUUUGGACUUAUCUGAGAACCAAUUGAGUGGAGAGGUUUUCAAGGAGUUAAAGGACAAUGUCAAGAACCUCAAACACUUGAAUCUUGCACACAACAGAUUUUCCGGUCAGCGGUUCCCACAUAUUCAUAUGCAUAGUUUGGAAUAUCUCAAUCUGUCUGCUGCGAAUUUGAUCGGUGAGAUCCCAAGUGACCUUUCCUCGCUUAGUGGUUUAAGAGUUCUUGACAUUUCAAGAAACUGCCUUAGAAGCCGUAUCCCAUUGUUAAGCUCUAAAACAUUACGAAUUCUUGAUGUUUCAUACAAUAAUUUGAGUGGCGAAAUCCCUCAACCCCUCGUUGAGAUACUUCCGUCAAUGGUUAGGUUCAACUUCUCAUACAACAAUUUCACCUUUUGUGCUCCACAAGUUCCCCAAAAUGCCCUUGUGUUUUCGUUUAUCGGGUCAUCUAAUGGAUGCCCCAUUGCUGCUGACCCUUCGUUUUUCAAAGGAAAAGCACCAAGGCAUUGGGUACUCAAGCUCGCAUUGGGCUUAACAUUUGCCAUGGUCUUUAUCCUUCUUGGGUUGCUGUUCUUGGCCUUUGGGCAUCGCCGUAGUAAGCCAACUAAAUGGGCAGUAAAACAGGCUCCUUCUUACAAUGAGGAGGAAGACCAGCAGACUGUAUCUGCUGGCCCGUUCUCGUUCAGGACUGAUUCGACCGUUUGGGUGGCAGACGUGAGGCAGGCAAACUCGGUUCCCGUGGUCAUCUUUGAGAAACCAUUGCUGAACUUGUCAUUUUCGGAUCUCUUAACAGCCACUUCCAAUUUUGAUCAAGGAACCUUGCUGGCCGAAGGGAAGUUCGGUCCGGUCUACAGGGGGUUCUUGCCAGGUGGGACCCACGUGGCCGUCAAAGUUUUGGUCCGCGGCUCGACCAUGACUAACCAGGAGGCUUCAAGGGAGUUCGAGUACCUCGGGCGGAUCAAACACCCAAACCUCGUGCCCCUCACGGGUUACUGCUUGGCGGGCGACCAGAGAAUAGCUAUAUACGAAUACAUGGAGAACGGGAACUUGCACGGCCUGCUUCACGAUCUCCCGCUCGGUGGGCCCCACAUGCCCGAAGAUUGGAGCGCCGACACGUGGGAACACGACGCUGGCAAUGGCAUUCGUAACGUGGGGCCCGAUGGGUUGUUUACGACGACGUGGAGAUUCAGGCAUAAUAUUGCGCUCGGAACUGCCCGUGCCCUUGCGUUCCUCCACCACGGAUGCUCCCCUCCCAUCAUCCACAGGGACGUAAAGGGCAGUUCUGUCUUUCUUGACUCUAACCUGGACCCGAGGCUCUCUGACUUCGGUCUGGCCAAGAUUUUCGGGAACGGUCUCGAGGACGGGGGUACCCCCGGAUACACCCCGCCCGAGUUGCUCCAACCCGAAACAACGCCCACUCCGAAAUCUGACGUUUACGGAUUCGGUGUCAUCCUGUUUGAGCUGAUCACGGGCAAGAAACCCGUCGGGGACGAUUAUCCGGGCAACAAGGAGGGCGAUUUGGUCAGUUGGGUCAGGGGGCUGAUGAGGGAAAACCACGGAUUUAGAGCCAUUGAUCCGAAAAUUGUCGGGACUGGACCCGAAACAGACAUGGAAGAAGCACUGAAGAUUGGUUAUUUAUGCACAGCAGAGAUUCAUUCAAAGAGGCCAAGCAUGCAGCAGGUGGUUGGACUUCUCAAGGACAUCGGCACGAAUUCGUAGACGUUCGUUCUUUUAUUUUCUUGACAUUCUUGAAGCACAUUCAAGAAUUUCGCUUGACAUGUUUCUCCAUAAGUAGUGGGUAAGAUUUGCGUACAUAAACUCUCCUCAAACUCUGCUUUUGUGGGAUUUUAUCGGCUUUUUUUGUUGUUUCUCUGUAUUAGGAAAGAUUUGGAUUGUCUCGUGAUCUCAUCAAGAGAUCUCGAGGGAAUCUCAGGUACUCUGAUAAGCCAAGUUCCUAACUUUUUUUUUGUUUGUUUUAUCAAUGCAUUGGUUAUGAAUUCUAUGUAU